ACUCCAAUUUUUAUUUUUUAUUUUUGUUUGAGUAAUUAAUUUCAUUCAUGCUUUCCCCUCCCAAAAGCGUCGAACUUUAUGUCAUUGCAGUCCUCUCCCUAUCUUGGUGUCAAAUUCAAGCAAUCUUCCCAAAUUUCUCAUAUAUCCCUUCAAAGCUUUAUCUUACAUAGGAGAUAGGACAUAGGACAAGAAGCGACACCGGAUUUUCAUGGCUGGCACAGAAUGUUUCAUUCUUGGCCUGCUUCUGGUCACCCUUCUCGGCACCGACGCCAUGCCGCCACCACCCCCGAUUCAAUGUAAUUCAACUGGUUGCAUCCUUCACAACUCCUACGGCGUGUGGGGUGACCGGCAGGACUGUUGGAUUUCGGGUGUCAGCUACCCAACGACAGAGGAAGAGCUCCGUUUGGCCGUGGCACAGGCCAACCAGAGGAAGUUCAAGGUGAAAGCAGUGAGCGGCUUUUCACACACCAUCCCAAAGCUGGCAUGCCCAGGAACGCCUUCAGGAAAUGCAGUUCUUAUAAGCACAGCAAGGCUCGAUUCCACCAUCCAGGUGAGCAGUGCGGAUCUGACCGUCACAGCAGACGCAGGAGUCUCACUUCGUCGCCUGAUUGAUAAGGUGGAAGAAGCGGGAUUGAGCUUAGUGGCGUCUCCUUACUGGGAGGGCGUCAGUGUGGGAGGGCUCAUAAGCACGGGGGCACAUGGGAGCUCGUGGUGGGGAAAGGGAGGCGCUGUCCAUGAUCAUGUCGUCGGACUCAGUCUCGUGGUUCCUGCCACAGAAUCUGAGGGCUACGCCAAGAUUAUUAGACUCGAUUCUCACGAUCCACUUUUCAAUGCAGCAAAACUCUCUUUAGGAGUGUUGGGUGUUAUCUCAAAGGUAAAACUCGCAUUGGAGCCUGGAUUCAAAAGAAGCAUUACCAAUAACUUCAUAGACGAUGCUGGGUUUGAGGAUGAAUUCAUGGAUCUUGCCAAGAAGCAUGAAUUCGCAGAUAUUACAUGGUACCCAUCAAGAUAUACAGCAGUUUACAGGUAUGAUGAUCGAGUCCCCUUGAACAGCUUCGGAGAUGGGGUUAACGACUUCAUUGGCUUCCAGUCCAACUCUGUUCUGGUUUCCGCUGCAGUCAGAGCAAUAGAGAAGGCUCUGGAGACCGCACAGAACGUCAAUGGAAAGUGCAGGAUGGCGGCUUCAGUUGUAGCAUUUAAGAAAUUAGUUGGCAAUGGUUUGAAGAAUAAUCUGAUCUUCACAGGCUACCCAGUUGUGGGCCAUCAGGGUAAAAUGCAGACCUCUGGUUCUUGUCUAUACUCGUCUGAGAAGAGCACUCAAAGCACAUGCGCUUGGGAUCCAAGAAUCAAAGGACUCUUCUUUUACGAGACAACAGCAAUAUUUCCCAGAUCAAGAUUUGCAGACUUCAUUCGUGAUGUAAAGAAAUUAAGGGACCUGAAACCAGAAAACUUCUGCGGGCUAGACGUCUACAACGGAUUCUUGAUACGUUUCAUCAGGGCUUCUGAGGCAUAUCUGGGACAGGCUGAGGAUUCUGUUGUGGUUGAUUUCAACUAUUAUCGAGCUGACGAGGCUUCAACACCGAGGCUGAACCAGGAUGUUUGGGAGGAGGUGGAGCAGAUGGCAUUCUUCAAGUAUGGGGCUAAACCUCACUGGGCCAAGAACAGGAACCUUGCAUUCUUGGGCGUGCAACAGAAGUACCCCAACUUCAGUAGAUUUCUAGCGGCGAAAAAGCAAUUAGACCCUGAAAACAUGUUCUCUAGUGAUUGGUCAGACGAGAUACUUUUUGGUAAAGCAGCAGCUAACGGUGAUGGUUGCGCCCUGGAGGGGCAAUGCAUAUGUUCAGAGGAUAGUCACUGCAACCCAGGCAAGGGAUAUUUCUGUAAACCAGGCCUUGUGUAUAAAGAAGCUCGAGUCUGCUGUUACUCGCCUCCUUCCAAGGACAAAUAGAUCCAGUGGGAUUUGUUGUUGUUGCUCUGACGCAUAAAAAGUUGUCAGUAAAUUGUAGGAAAUUGUUAUUUAUGCAUAUGAGAAACAAUAAAACAACUAAUUUGGUUCAAGCAAUAAGAUGGGGAUCACUAAUGCCUAGUAUAGUUGUUUUUGAA